UAUUAUUCUGUUUAUUUGCUUUUUUAAAUAAAACAAAUAUUUAAAACCCUUUUUUGACCCUUGGACCUUUUGCAGUGAGAGCAUAAGGCUCAAAUGUUAGCUAGAGAGCCCAAAAAUAUUAUCAAGAGAGAUAUAGGCAAAGCACCAGAGUUCUUAACCUUCUAAGAACUGACCAACAACUUGUAGCAAGGCUGAGCACUGAGUAAGUAAAGAGCUCUACUCUACCUGUCAGGAGAACGACUCAGAGACAGAUGUGCAGAUUUGGACAGUUUAAUGAACACACAGCACAGAUCCAAAUCAUCAGGCAAACGCAAUAAACAAAACAGGCAGAGGUCAGGCAAGAGCAAGCAAACCAACCAAAAACAGGAUCAAAACCAGGAGGACAAUCACAAUGUAAAAAUUGCCUCAUUGCCAAAACACUGAGGAUUUUACAGCCUUCUAAGGUAGCUGAGUGGAGUUGCAGUGUCCUCUAAUAGGAACCACUAUUGUUCCAGGUGAUACAACCUGAUGAGUCUCUUUACAUGUGUGCUUUACAUGUUUUCUUCUGGGAUUUGAUUUCCUUCAUUCUGUGUACAGAGUUUGCAUGUUUUCUCCACACUUCAGGGGUUUGCUCUAGGCACUCUCUAGGCACUAAUACAAAGAUAUUCAUUGUAGGCAUCUCUAAAUUGUCCAUAGUGUGAGAGUGUGUGCGUUUUUUGCCCUGCAGUGGACUGGUAUCUUAGCUCAUGUGUCCUCUGCCUUGUGCCCCAUGUUCCCUGGGAAAAGCUCCAGGCUCCCUGUGACACUGCAUAUAAUGAACAAUUCUGAAAAUGGAUGGAUUGGGACAAACUUUGGGCCAAGGAAAAAGUCAUAAGAAUUUUUUAAGAUCUAUUUCUAUAUCAGCUCUUUCAGGUGCCUUUUCUAGAUCCAGAAAAACAAAUGUAUAUAAAAGUUUUUGUCCACACAAAGCCUUAAAAAUUGGAGGAGAAUGGAAUGUAAUACGGUUGCCAAGACUAUUUUCAGGAAGUUUGUUAGAACUGAAAUAGUGUGCAUGUUUCUCUAACAUCCCAGAUCUCCUGGGACUCACCAACAGCCCACCUAUUGUUAAAUUGAAAAAAGAGCCAGAGCCAGAAACCUUUGUAAUACUCUGCUGUCGGUCCCUUUGGUUCUGGUUAUUUAGUGAGAGAUUGUUUUUGAGAUGGGGUUGUGAGUUUAAAACGGAUACAAACUCUGUAAUACAGUCCUGGUAAGCACAGUAGAUGGUCUGUUGUUGCUUGGUCAGGGUGUUCUGCUGUGAAGGCUUUUAUUUAAUAACUGUGAGUCGUGGCAACAGCAGCUGAAAGACGGACAACAAUGAAAAUUAUUAAAAUUAGUCCAGUUUUUAUUUGUUAUUCUUUAUCUUUUGCUACUGGUCUUUUAUGAUCAAUAGAUGUAUUUUCAAUUUUGUUAUAUUAACCUAUAAUUAAUCUUAUAUAAUCUAUUAUUAACCUUAACCUGUAUUCAUUCCAAUAAAUCAUUGUUGAACUGAUUUGAGAGAGAGAGAGAGGAGAGCACACCAAGAUUUCAUGCUACAGGAGUGAGAAAGAAGAAAGAAAGGCAUGAGUGCACUAGAAAAGCGGAUGUGCUGCACAUGAAAUAAGAAAAAAGGAAAAACAGACAGACACUGUGCAUGCCAUGCACCCAUACCACAUUAUAUCACAGCACGCAACACAGUCUAAAUACAUAAUUAUAACCUCAUCAGGAACAGAUCAUGUUCCAUUCUGGAACCAUAAAAGAUCCCAAAAACAAUCCUUUUAGGACAGCAAGACAUUUUGUUGUUGUUGUUGUAGUUGUUGUUCUUCUAGGAUCUUUCAGUCAUGUUCGGCCGGUGUUUAGAGAAAAAGUUUAUGUAACACUUUUAAACAUUGCUGUAAUGUUGACACAAAAUUCUCAGAUCUAUGGAAAUGUUUGUAGAAUGAUAGAUUUGAUCUGAUUUUGAACAUUUAACCACAUGGAUGCAUUUUCUGCGCAGGACAAAAUACACAUUAAUAGAUCACAAUUUACACAAUGACUGUGCAGUAUUCACAUAACACAAUAUACACAGUGUACCUGUAAGACUCAGUACACAGUACACACGUGCACAUACGCAGUGUGCAGUAGUGCAAGUGGAAUGUCAAGGAGUGUAGAAUAGUGACGAUAGUUCAGUCAGCAUUGUUGGAACAUAUGCCUGUGCUGAGCAGCACAUGAGGCACAUAAGAAAUUACAGCCCAAGCUUAAAUAUCAUAUCCCCCAAGUGACUUAACUAGUAUAAUAUAAUGGAGCUGUUUCAGGACAGCAUUUACAAACAGGACUGUUUUCUCCGACCUUUAACACGUAGUGAUUUAUCACCUAGAUUGAUUAUAGUAUGUGAAGAGCAGUGGGUCAUUAGAACCGUCACAGAAAAAAAGUAGUUUCAGACUCUCAUUAACAUAAAGAGUGUAACCUCAUUUAUAUUAAAAGCUUGAUGUCAUGAUUCAAACAGAAUUUCAGAUUUGAUUUUUUUAAUGUUUGGGAUUUACUGACCCAAAGGUACUUCUACAACUGUAAUACUGCAAAUAGGCAAGGCAAGGCAAGUUUAUUUGUAUAGCACAUUUCAUACACAGAGGUCAUUCAAAGUGCUUUACAUAGAAAUUAGAAAACAGUUUAUAAGAGAGGAAAAAAAUAUGUAAAAAUAAGAGACAUACGAUAAAAUCAUAAUAAAAACAAAGAACAAUUAAAGAAAAUAAAUGUGAUAUUAAUAAAAACAGUUUAAAAUAUGUUAAAAAGAAUAAAACAGGAGUAAAAGUGAUUUGGAUAAAAAGGGCAGUCAGUGUGAAGCAGCACAGUGCUCAUUUAGUAAAUGCAGAGUUAAACAGAUGUGUUUUUAAUCUUGAUUUAAAAGUGUCUACUGUUGAAGCACAUCUGAUCUCUUCUGGAUAAUAAAGUCUUCUAAUAAAGACUUCUCCAUCUUGACACCAAGAACAAGCAGAAUCCUUAUUUUCUAAGUCUGAUAUCAGUUUAUGGACAUUUGUGUCUGUGUACUGUGUAGACUUUUGGAACUCCCUUUGAGCUAAGCUAUUUGAGCAGGUCUUGAAAUGUUUGCUGGGUGAAAAGGGUGUAUCUGGAAUUUAGCUUUGUAAAGGCCAUGUGAUUAAUCUUUGUCAUUAUAUCCUGGUUUAGCUUUUUUGCAGAAGUGACAGUGUGUGUGUUGCAGUUCAGUCUGACCUCAGAGUGUGUGCUGCAUUUGUGUGUAUACUUUUUUAUACUGUGUUUUACUUGUUUUCUAUGGUGACAGCCAUAUGGCCUCUGUGCUUGUCAGUUCUACUGAAGGAGGUGUGGCCUCUGUGCUUGUCAGUUCUACUGAAGGAGGUGUGGCCUCUGUGCUUGUCAGUUCUACUGAAGGAGGUGUGGCCUCUGUGCUUGUCAGUUCUACUGAAGGAGGUGUGGCCUCUGUGCUUGUCGGUUCUACUGAAGGAGGUGUGGCCACGGUGCUUGUCGGUUCUACUGAAGGAGGUGUGGCCACAGUGCUUGUCGGUUCUACUGAAGGAGGUGUGGCCACGGUGCUUGUCAGUUCUACUGAAGGAGGUGUGGCCUCUGUGCUUGUCAGUUCUACUGAAGGAGGUGUGGCCACGGUGCUUGUCAGUUCUACUGAAGGAGGUGUGGCCACGGUGCUUGUCAGUUCUACUGAAGGAGGUGUGGCCACGGUGCUUGUCAGUUCUACUGAAGGAGGUGUGGCCUCUGUGCUUGUCGGUUCUACUGAAGGAGGUGUGGCCAUGGUGCUUGUCAGUUCUACUGAAGGAGGUGUGGCCUCUGUGCUUGUCUGUUCUACUGAAGGAGGUGUGGCCACGGUGCUUGUCAGUUCUACUGAAGGAGGUGUGGCAACGGUGUUUGUCGGUUCUACUGAAAGAGGUGUGGCCUCUGUGCUUGUCAGUUCUACUGAAGGAGGUGUGGCCUCUGUGCUUGUCAGUUCUACUGAAGGAGGUGUGGCCUCUGUGCUUGUCAGUUCUACUGAAGGAGGUGUGGCCUCUGUGCUUGUCAGUUCUACUGAAGGAGGUGUGGCCACGGUGCUUGUCAGUUCUACUGAUGGAGGUAUCAGGCUCUUUGUCAGGCUCAGUAAGGUUUUUGUGGACAUAUCCUUGUAGAGAUGAUGGAGGUGUGGCCAUUGUGCCUGUCAGUCUUAUGAUAUAUAUAUAUGCUCUCUAUGUUAAAUCAAACUGUUUCCACAUAUUUAACCGUGCUGUACAUUUGUGCCAUUUGGCAGACACCCUUUUCCAAACAGGCUUACAUUUAUCUCAUUUAUACAGUUGAGCAGUUAAGAGUUAAGGGCCUUGCUCAGAGGCCCAUCAGUGGCAGCUUGGUGGUUUUGAACUCACAAUCUUCAGAGCAAUGUGCCCACAGCUGAGCUACCACUUCCCAAUGCUGUGCAUUGUAAUGCAGUUACAAGUGGAUUGAUGUUCAGUUACAGGCUGUUUCAAAAGUAUUGUCAAAUGUAACAUGACUACUGUGAGGUGUCUUAUAAGAAUGGAUAGAAUUGUUUUUCAUUAAAAUACUUUUCUCUGUGGUGUAAAUAUUAGGUUGUACAUAUGUCACCAACAAAUAAAGGUAAUAAUUAUUCUGUGUAAUUCAAAAUCUGUGCCUCAGAAUUUCAUUCCUGCAGUUUUAAAGUCAAUCUGCAGUGACCUGAAAGUGCCACAUUAACAAACCAAAAAAAAAAAAAAAUCCAAAAUUCUGGUAUGGAAAUGGAAAAUCAUAAAAAGUGUCAUAUGAAUAUUAACUUAAAAUGGAAAGGAUACUAAACAUCAUGCUCUUGUUGCUGAUAUGUUGUGCUUCAGUCUGAGCAGAAAUUCAGUGUAAGGGGACGAUUAAGAGGAUGUAUGUGCUUUUAUCUGUGCUUAUCUUUGCCCAGCAUUAAUGAGUAUGAGAACGCUGCAAAUCCGCCUAAAGGAAGGUUAUUAAGAAUAAGAUAAGGUGAAUGAGAAGAAAUAGCUAAACAUAUAAAGGUUAUUCAGAAGAAAUAAUCAUUCCUCACCGUGAUCAUACAAGUACAUUCUCAUUAAGUCCUUAACUAGAUAACAGACUGAAAAAUGUGCAGUUCUUUUUCUUUGUGAUAAUCACUGGCAUUGUUUUUGUCAGAUUUUAUGCUUGAAAAAAAUAUUGUGUUAAAAUGAAAUGAUUUUUAAAUAACUAUCAUAUGUUUAAGGUAUGUAUUCUUUAUAU